AUGAGGGAAAUAGAAGUUGACUCAAUUUUGGGUGAUACCAAUUUGGUACUAGACAAUGCCCACUUGAUAUUCUUCAAUCCGUCUAUCAAGGAUGUUGUAGAAGUGUGUGACUGGAUACUAAGCAGAGUACCAGAAAUUGUUUUGGAUGACUUGAUCUACGAGUACGUCUUGAAUCACGAUAGAAUUGAUUGUAGGUGGAUGUAUGGGAUUGUAUCAGGAGCAGAAUUAUCAGGAGAGAGACUCAGAUUCAUUUAUGAGAGUGUUCUAUACAAGGAUACAAUCAUAAAUGAUUCAUACAGGUUGAAGACACUUGGAGUGGUACUGGAUAAGUACGAAAUAGACAAGGACGAUGAUAACACGUACGUAUUGGUUGAUAUGCUAUGGAAUGAGAUUAAGGAGUACAGUAUUGAGUAUGAAGGAAUAGGAGAGUUAUUGAGGAUAGCAAGGAAGAGAACAGGGGGGUUUCUAGAUAAAAGAAUAGAGGAAAGUGGGCUGAUAUUGGGGGAGUAUGAUAAAUGA